AUUUUUUAUAAAGUUUGUCAUAAGAAGUGAAACUAUAUAAAUCAUGACAGCAAAAGCUACUCACUCUACUAAUUUGCCAUGGGUGGAGAAAUAUCGACCCAAGAAUUUGGAUGAUUUAAUAUCUCACGAAGAAAUUAUUAAAACCAUAAAUAAAUUUAUUGAUGAGAAUCAGCUUCCUCAUCUCCUUUUCUAUGGACCACCUGGUACAGGAAAAACAAGCACAAUACUUGCUUGUGCUCGUAAAUUAUAUACACCAGCUCAUUUUAAUUCAAUGGUUUUGGAAAUGAAUGCUUCAGAUGAUAGAGGUAUUGGUAUAGUUAGAGGACAAAUUCUUAGUUUUGCAAGUACAGGUACAAUGUAUAGGUCUGGUUUUAAAUUAAUCAUUCUCGAUGAAGCUGAUGCUAUGACAAAUGAUGCACAAAAUGCUCUUAGAAGAAUAAUAGAAAAGUAUACAGAUAAUGUAAGGUUUUGUAUUAUAUGUAAUUACCUUAGUAAAAUUAUCCCUGCCCUUCAGUCUCGGUGUACUAAAUUUAGAUUUGGUCCAUUGUCUGGAAAUCAAAUUUUACCAAGGCUAGAUACUAUUAUUAAAGAAGAAAAUUUAAAUGUUUCGGAAGAUGGGAAGCAAGCAUUAAUGAGACUGAGUGGUGGAGAUAUGAGAAAAGUUCUAAAUGUUCUCCAAAGUACAUGGCUUGCAUUUGGUGCAGUUACAGAAGAAAAUGUUUAUUCUUGUGUUGGACAUCCCCUUCCAGUUGAUAUAAAAAAUAUUGUCAAUUGGUUGUUGAAUGAAUCAUAUGAAUUAUGUUAUUGUAAGAUACAAGAUAUAAAGCUAAAGAAAGGACUGGCUUUGCAAGAUAUAUUAACUGAACUACAUUUGUUUGUAAAUAAAAUUGAAUUUCCAGAUUUGAUUCUCAUAGAUUUAAUAAUUAAAUUAGCUGAAAUAGAAAAAAGAGUAUCUAUUGGUUGUAGUGAAGCAGUACAAUUAAAUGCUCUUGUUUCGGCAUUUCAAAAUGCUCGCGAUAUCGAGACUUCCUAA